AAGUGUGGUAUUUAUUCAGAGGUACCAGAUGCUAACUGCAAGGCACUGCGAGACAAUUUAAGGAAGCGAUUGAUACUUAUCACCAGGAGCCUGGCUAGAAACAUGUCAGGGGAGUAUUGCCUAAUUUCCUGUGUCCUUCUACUCAUGGUCAGCUUGUCUGUGGGGGUACAGAAUGGGCACAUGAGGCUGGUGGGGGGUGAGCUGGCCUUUGAGGGCCGCGUGGAGAUCUACUAUAAUGGACAGUGGGGGACCGUGUGUGAUGACAACUGGGACAUUACUGAGGCACAGGUAGUGUGUCGCCAUCUCAACUACCCUGGUGCUCUCACUGCUGUGGUGGGUGGAACAUACGGACAAGGAUAUGGUCCUAUCUGGAUGGAUGAUCUAAGCUGUGAGGGGACAGAGAAAGACUUGUCCGACUGUCUCUUUAAAGGCUGGGGAGUUACUGACUGUCAACACGCUGAGGAUGCUGGUGUGGUCUGCGAGAGAGAAUCGUCUCAGAAUAACAGUCGCGUCUACACCCUGGACCACAACGCAGGCCUCUUUAACCACAUGGGGGCACUGUUUGACAGUGGACGCGACUGUGACUUUGACAUCAUGGUGCGGGUUGCAAACAGCACUGUGGAAACCAUCUGUGUUCACAAGCUGAUUGUCACUCUGGACCCAAAUGCCUCCAUCUUAAACAUCACACAAGAGGAGAACCUCAGUAAUCUCAACCUAGACGUCAGCCUCAACUGCCGGCCACAUGUCACCGACUUCCUGAGGUAUCUGUACACAUGGCAGAUUAACGUCACUGUGUCCUCUGCCCAGUGUAUCCACAAGAUGGCGUCCAACUGGGGUCUGAAGCAGCUUCAGGAGGCGGCAGGGAGGCUCUUCACCUGGCUGCUCCCAGAGGAUGCCUCCUUCCAGACCCAGACCUCUCUGUACGAGUACUCAGUCCGCACAGGCGACCCAGUUCUGCAGGAAACCUGUCUGCGCUACCUUGCCUGGAACUGUGAGUCGCUGAUCCGUUCCCCAGCCUGGACUGGUCUUGCCCUGGGCACAGUAAAGGCCCUUCUGGCCCGUUCAGACGUGGUAGUGCCAGAUGAGGCCUUCCUCCUAAAGGGUUUGGAGGACUGGGUGUUGGAACAGGGUAACUCGUCCACCCACGAAGACCAUGUCGCCAUUUUGGACCACAUCCGUUUUCCCAUGAUCGCUGCUGAAGAUUUGUUCAACCUCAAAGCCAAGUCUGAGCUGUACAUGGACCAACUAGAGCGUUAUAAUGCCGGCAUGUUGCAGGGCUUUCAGUUCAAUGCACUACCCUUCCGGCUGCUAGCUGGGGGCCUCCUCCUUAACAAGGUGGAAUACACACCCAGGAUCUACACUGGCAAGCCAUGGAGCUUCACCUUCAGCUCAAAGGACGUCAACACGUUCCGAUACAUCGGACACUAUUCCCACUCAGGCCAGAACCUCAACAGCCUCAGUGCCAACUUUGACAGCCCUGUGCACAACAGUGCCUUUUUUUCCCUGUUCAAAAAGAUAAACUGGCACACCAGGGUCUUUAUCCACAACCAUGAAUGCUUAAACAGCGGUAUCCACUGUCCGUCGCUGCCGAUGGUCUCGCUAACUGCCCAGAAUAAGAGGGAGUUGCCCAAAGAGUAUCAGGACGGCAUCCGCUACCUUAACAAGGUUGUCCUGAUGUGUGAAGGGGAGUUUGUGUUCCAUGUCCAGGAUUUUCCAUCCACAAUUGGCAAUGGUGGCAAUCAGGCCCAGAUCCCAGUAAACAUCACUGCGGGCCAGGCCUAUCCGUGCCACUCAGACCAUUUCUCCUACCGUGUGGUGGUUCAGCCUGAGUACACCACUGAGAUCAAGCAGAAUUAACAGGAAGUAGAGGAGCAGGAAUUUGAGGAGAUAAAGUGACCAAAGAUCAAAAGAUUAGUUAUUUUUAAUUAUCUAAGUUUACAAAGCAAUUUUAGCAACGUCAAUGUUAUGUAAUCCUUAAUGUUUUCUUUAACCCAUCCAAUAUCUUCUGAAUGUUACUUCAAGGCAACACAGCAGUGUCAUUCUAAUGUCUGUGUAACGUUACUUUGGAAAAUGUGGGGCAUGUUCUUUUGUUCACGACAAAUAACUUUCUGUGUAUGGUUGUUUUUAAUAAAAGUUUUAGUAAAGUUAA